AUGUUUGAUAGAAAGCCAAGUAAAAUAGCAUCAAUCACUUCAAAAGACGAAAGCAAAGAAUUGACGGAUUUACAAAACGAUCCUAGAGUUGGUUCAUCACUCCCACCAUCACCUAUAUCUAUUGCCAAAGACACAGAUACCAACUCGAGUGAACUACCAAAGCCCCUGAUAGUAAACGACAGAAUAUAUCAAAAUACCAAGAAAUACAUGUUACCCAUUGAUGAUCAAGAGCAAGAUAAACUUGUUCAAGAGCAUUUCCUAUACAAAUUUAUUUUUGGUAAUAACUUCUCUGCCCCUGUACGCGAUUUAUUAUCAGGACAUUACAACGAAAAUUCGAAGCGCAAUUCAGUUGGAUCAAGUAGCUGCAUCAUCGAAAAUAUAUCACAACCAAGAAUACUAGAUAUCGCUUGUGGAAAUGGUACAUGGUUAUUGGAAAUGGCAACCGAAUUUCCAAAUAGCGAAUUUUAUGGCAUUGAUUUCUCGCCAGGUUAUCCUACAACCAUUAAGCCUGCAAACACCUCCUUCGCCAAUCACGAUGUACUCAGCCCAAACGGGUUCCCUUUCCCUGAAAACCACUUUGAUUAUGUAUUCAUGCGACAAGUUUAUACUUGUUUUUCUGAAUCUGAUUGGACGUUUGUGGUAAGAGAAAUACGUAGGGUAGUCAAGCCAGGUGGAUUUGUUGAAUUUAGGGAUCAAGAUCCUAUACUACGCAGAACAGGUGACAUGUCUAGUGCUCUAUUUAAAAAAUACCCUGACUUAAUGAGGGAAAAACAUGAGGUCAAUGUGUUCUGGGCUAGACACAUGUAUGAUUGUCUUCAUGAUAUUGGCGAAAUGACAGAUAUGCAGUUACGGGUCAAUGAACUGCGCUUCGGAAAUUCGGGACCAAUAGGAGAAAUGAUUGACACAUCACUUCGAUCUGGAUUCGAAAGUCAUCGGCGAUUUUUCGAAGAGACUUACAAUAAAAGAGAUUACGAUCAAAUGGUGGAAGAGAUUGUAAAUGAAUCCAUCGUACAUCACUCAUUCUUCAAUUAUUAUGUAUGUUGGGGUAGAAAACCAUUAUUGGACUACGAUAGCAGCUGUUCAUCCGACAGAAAGCUCUCAGUUUCUACUUGUUCAUUACCAACCAGAGAUGAAGCUGGCGAAAAAAACGAUUUGAAUCCAUCCAAACUUUCAAUAGAAUGGAAGGAUGAUAGUGGCGAUUUCACCUCUCUUGACGCUGAUAAUGUAUCCGAUAUCGGUCAAUUCGUUGAAGGAUUUGAAGAAUAA